GGGGCUGGCGGCGAUGUGGGGAGGCCCGGGCAGCCUGGGCGGCGGCGGGGACGGGGGCGGAGCCGGGGGCACCGCGGGCACCGCCCCCCUGCGCCUGCGGAGCCGCCGCCCGAGCGCGGACCGGGGAGCCCGAGGCGGCUGUAGCGUGCGAGACCCGGAGGACACGGCCAUGCCGGGCCAGGCGGAGGCGGGGGAGGCUGAGGAGGAGGCUGGGGCCGGCUCGGGGUCCGAGGCGGAGGAGGACGCGCUGUGGGAGCGGAUCGAGGGCGUCCGGCACCGGCUGGCUCGCGCCCUGAACCCGGCCAAGCUCACGCCGUAUCUGCGCCAGUGCCGGGUCAUCGACGAGCAGGACGAGGAGGAGGUGCUGAGUACCUACCGCUUCCCGUGCCGCGUCAACCGCACCGGGCGCCUGAUGGACAUCUUGCGCUGCCGUGGCAAGAGGGGCUAUGAGGCCUUCCUGGAAGCCCUGGAGUUCUACUAUCCCGAACACUUCACGCUGCUCACGGGCCAGGAACCUGCCCAGCGGUGCUCCAUGAUCCUCGAUGAGGAGGGGCCUGAGGGCCUGACCCAAUUCUUGAUGACAGAGGUGCGACGGCUGCGGGAAGCUCGCAAGAGCCAGCUGCAGCGGGAGCAGCAACUGCAGGCCCGGGGCCGGGUGCUUGAGGAGGAGCGGGCAGGGCUGGAGCAGCGGCUGCGGGACCAGCAGCAGGCUCAGGAGCGCUGUCAGCGGCUGCGGGAGGACUGGGAGGCGAGCAGCCUGGAGCUGCUGCGGCUCAAGGAUGAGAACUACAUGAUCGCCAUGCGCCUGGCACAGCUCAGUGAGGAGAAGAACUCGGCUGUACUUCGCAGCCGUGACCUGCAGCUGGCGGUGGAUCAGCUCAAGCUCAAGGUGAGUCGGCUGGAGGAAGAGUGUGCACUGCUGCGAAGGGCCAGAGGAUCGCCUCCUGGAGCAGAAGAGAAGGAGAAGGAGAAGGAGAAGGAGCCGGACAACAUGGACCUCGUCUCUGAGCUGCGUGCUGAGAACCAGCGGCUGAUGGCAUCGCUGCGGGAGCUGCAGGAGGGCCUGCAGCAGGAGGCAAGCCGGCCAGGGGCCCCAGGCUCCGAGCGCAUCCUGCUGGACAUCCUAGAGCAUGACUGGCGGGAAGCGCAGGACAGCAGGCAGGAGCUGUGCCAGAAGCUGCACGCCGUGCAGGGGGAGCUGCAGUGGGCCGAGGAGCUGCGCGACCAGUACCUGCAGGAGAUGGAAGACCUGCGGCUCAAGCACCGCACACUGCAGAAGGACUGUGACCUGUACAAGCACCGCAUGGCCACUGUCCUGGCCCAGCUGGAGGAGAUUGAGAAGGAGCGAGACCAGGCCAUCCAGAGCCGUGACCGGAUCCAGUUGCAGUACUCACAGAGCCUCAUCGAGAAGGACCAGUACCGCAAGCAGGUGCGGGGCCUGGAGGCAGAGCGGGAUGAGCUGCUGACGACACUCACCAGCCUGGAGGGCACCAAGGCUCUGCUGGAGGUGCAGCUGCAGCGGGCCCAGGGUGGCACCUGCCUCAAGGCCUGUGCCUCCUCCCAUUCCCUGUGCUCCAACCUCAGCAGCACUUGGAGCCUGAGCGAGUUCCCCUCCCCUCUGGGAGGCCCAGAAGCACCUGGGGAGGCCGCUGUCAUGGGGGGACCUGAACCUCACAACUCGGAGGAAGCCACAGACAGUGAAAAGGAGAUCAACCGGCUCUCCAUCCUGCCUUUCCCCCCCAGUGCUGGCUCCAUCCUCCGUCGGCAGCGUGAGGAGGACCCCGCACCCCCGAAGAGAUCCUUCAGCAGCAUGUCAGACAUCACAGGGAGUGUGACACUUAAGCCCUGGUCCCCUGGCCUCUCUUCAUCCUCGUCCUCCGACAGCGUGUGGCCUUUGGGAAAGCCGGAAGGCCUCCUGGCUCGGGGCUGUGGCCUGGACCUCCUCAACAGGUCUCUGGCUAUUCGGGUGUCUGGCCGGAGCCCCCCAGGGGGCCCAGAGCCACAGGACAAGGGACCAGAUGGACUGUCGUUUUAUGGGGACAGAUGGUCUGGGGCUGUGGUGCGCAGGGUGCUGUCUGGGCCUGGGUCCGCCAGGAUGGAACCGAGAGAGCAAAGGGUGGAAGCUGCUGGUCUGGAGGGGGCGUGCCUGGAAGCCGAGGCCCAGCAGAGAACCUUGCUCUGGAACCAGGGAUCCACCCUCCCCUCCCUGAUGGACUCGAAGGCCUGCCAGUCCUUCCACGAGGCCCUAGAAGCCUGGGCAAAGGGGCCAAGUGCCGAGCCCUUCUACAUUCGUGCCAACCUCACCCUGCCUGAGAGGGCAGAUCCCCAUGCCCUUUGUGUGAAAGCCCAAGAGAUCCUUCGGCUGAUGGACCCGGCUUACAAGCGGAGGCAGGAAUGGUUCUGCACCCGGGUUGACCCCCUCACUCUGCGGGACCUGGACCGGGGCACCGUACCCAAUUAUCAGAGUCCCUCACCAUCCUCUGGGACAGGGCGGGGGAUUCAAGGAGAAGAGAUGCGGUGCUUUCCUUCUUCCUACACACAUGAUGUCACUCCGUCCCACAGAGCCCAGCAGCUCCUAGAAGUUCAGGAGAAAUGCCUGCCCUCCAGCCGGCACCGAGGCCCCCGCAGUAAUCUGAAGAAGAGAGCCCUGGACCAACUGCGGUUGGUGAGGCCGAAGCCCAUGGGGGCGCCCGCAGGGGACUCCCCGGAGCAGCUGCUGCUGGAGCCCUGUGCAGAGCCAGAGCGGAGCCUCAGACCCUACAGUUUGGUGCGGCCGCUGCUGGUGUCUGCCCUGCGGCCCGUGGUGCUGUUGCCUGAGUGCCUGGCGCCCCGGCUCAUCCGCAACUUGCUAGACCUGCCCAGCUCCAGGCUGGACUUCCAAGUGUGCCCAGCGGAGAGCCUCUCCGGGGAGGAACUGUGCCCAUCCUCAGCACCUGGAGCCCCCAAGGCUCAGCCUGCCACCCCUGGGCUGGGCAGCAGGAUCCGGGCCAUCCAGGAGUCUGUUGGGAAGAAGCACUGCCUGCUGGAGCUGGGCGCUCGGGGUGUGCGGGAGCUGGUGCAGAACGAGAUCUACCCCAUCGUCAUCCAUGUGGAGGUGACUGAGAAGAAUGUCCGGGAAGUCAGGGGUCUGCUGGGCCGGCCAGGCUGGCGGGACUCAGAGCUGCUGAGGCAGUGCCGUGGCUCGGAGCAGGUGCUCUGGGGGCUGCCCUGCUCCUGGGUGCAGGUGUCCGCCCAUGAGUGGGGCCACGCAGAGGAGCUGGCCAAGGUGGUGCGUGGCCGCAUCCUGCAGGAGCAGGCCCGCCUCGUGUGGGUGGAGCGCGGCAGCAGCAGAGGCUGCCCCGGCAGCAGUGAGGCCUGAGGUUCAUCUGAUACCUGCAGCUUCUUCUCAAGUCAGGGGGGACCCUGGUGUCUGCGGUGCAGCUGGGCCCUCCCACCCUGAGCCUUCCUAGACCCUUGGACUCUCAGACACAGGGUCCUUGGCUCUGGCAUCUCACCCCCAAGACUGUCUCUGGCCCUGCCGAGCCUGCAGGAGCCCCGGGACAGAGCGCCCAUUCCCCUCUACUUGCUGCUCUGGGCCUCCCCACAUGUCCCGGGGUCUCCACAUUUCCACUAGUGGGUCUCACAUGUGUGUCUGUGUCUUCUCCUUAAACACUUACCCUGGAGUCUGUUCUCACACCUGUGCACAGGUUUGCACACUCAAGUUCUCACGGGCAGGCUCAGGUCUGUCCCGCUGCCCUGGGCACGAGAUCUCCCGAGGACCUGGGCCUGUUCUGCUCCCAGGAGCGCCGAGCCUGUUACCGCAUGACUCCUGCCAUCCAGCUCAGGUUCCUCAUGGUUUCAGGCAUGCAUGGACUGGGGGCUUCCCUGGCCCACGGUGCCCCUCGUGUCUCCUCACAUGGGUGUCUGUGGUUCUCUCCUGUGUAAAUGUCACGCCCCACCCCUAACACGCAUGCGUUCCUGGUGGGCACACGCAGGACCAUGCCUCACAGGGCCCACUCCCUGCCUAUGCCUCCCUCUUGUGGGGCCGGGGAGGACGGCUGCUCUGUCAUGAGAAUGUACGGCCCGUGGGUGAUUAACGGGCCUUUUUCACUCAGAAGCUGCACAUUAUGGAACAUUAAACACUUUUGUCAUAGA